AUGGCGCCAACUGCCAUGCGUGUUCUCGCCGCUCGGCCCAUCGUGCUGAGUCUGGCUAAACUCAUAUUCCUCCUAUUCUCUCACCUUCCGCUGGCGGCAGCCGCACCCACGCUAUCGCUCUCCCACAUCUCGCCACACCGCGACUCCGAACCCCCGAAAGAAGCCGACGACCCGAGUUUAUGGCUGUACUUGGGUAUUAGCGCAGCCCUCGUGUUGAGCGGCGGGGCGUUCGCGGGACUUACAAUUGCAUUGAUGGGUCAAGAUGAAGUUUAUCUACAAGUGAUCCAGACCUCCGGCGAGGCUUCUGAGAAAAAGAAUGCGGGCAGUGUCUUGAAUCUGCUCAAGCGGGGAAAGCACUGGGUCCUCGUCACUUUACUUCUCAGCAACGUGAUCACGAAUGAGACCUUGCCCAUCGUGUUGGAUCGGACCCUCGGCGGUGGAUGGCCAGCGGUCCUUGGAAGUACAGCCUUGAUUGUGAUUUUCGGGGAGAUCGUCCCUCAAUCGAUCUGUGUCCGUUACGGUCUACCUAUUGGGGCAUGGAUGGCACCUUGUGUGCUGAUUCUCAUGUACGUCAUGUCCCCAGUGGCCUGGCCAGUCGCCAAGCUGCUCGACAAGCUGCUCGGCGAAGACCACGGCACCAUUUACAAGAAAGCCGGAUUGAAAACCCUCGUCACCCUGCACAAGACCCUAGGCGAGGCUGGAGAACAACUCAACUCCGAUGAAGUCACAAUCAUCAGUGCUGUACUCGAUUUGAAAGAGAAAUCUGUGGGCAGUAUUAUGACGCCGAUGGAAGAUGUAUUCACCAUGUCUGCCGACACUGUCCUCGACGAAAGAACCAUGGACUUGAUUUUGUCCCAAGGUUAUUCUCGCAUUCCCAUCCACGCACCCGACAACCCCAAGAACUUUGUGGGCAUGCUUCUUGUGAAGAUGCUUAUCACCUACGACCCUGAAGAUUGCAAACGUGUCCGUGAAUUUGCGUUGGCCACCCUGCCAGAGACACGUCCCGAAACUAGUUGUCUUGACAUAGUCAACUUCUUUCAAGAAGGAAAAUCGCAUAUGGUGCUUGUUUCUGAGUAUCCAAGCGAGGAUCGGGGGGCCCUCGGUGUGGUCACCCUUGAAGAUGUUAUUGAAGAAUUGAUCGGAGAAGAGAUUAUUGACGAAUCUGACGUCUUUAUUGACGUCCACAAAGCGAUUCGUCGCAUGGCACCCGCACCCAAAAGCCGAGUUCCCAAGGGAAAAAUUGUCGAAGAGCCACCCACGGCGGGCUCUCUUGUAGAUGGAGAGCUGAUCGACUUGGAUAGGGAGACACCGUCCUCCGCUCGAAGAAGUUCUUACGACCUCAUGCGCCGACGCAGCUCUGUCGAAGCUCCUCCUCCUCGUUUCCAACUCCGCAAACAGAAUGCCGAUAGUUCUUCAAACCCCACAGAUGCCUGGAUUACCCAAAGAGGCGCCACAGAUGAGAUUCGAGAACAUUUGAAACACCUUGGUCCGUCAAAUCUCGCGAGUCGGCCACGUUCCACUCGCUAUAGUGCAGUGAAAAUCAAGCACAGCGGAGCCUCACCCUCUCUAUCUGCUCAAACUGACUUCGAAUCCGGGCAAAGUAUAUCUGACUCCCAGCGUCUAAUCACUUUAGCUGGCUUUCAAGGUGGAAUCGGAGCAGGCCUCGUUAGCUCCGGGGCGGACGCCAAAGAUGGAGCUCAUGCUUUGAAACUUGGAUAUGGCACUAUUUCCUCCCAUGACAAUGUCACCAAGAGCACAAAUGCCCAACAGUAUAAGGACCUUCCGCAGGUCUCCAUUCCUGAAGCUGUUCGUGAAGAGCGCGAGGAUCUCACCCGUUCCGCCUCUACUAGCAAGAGCAAGAGCAGCAGCGCCACAGGAAGCAUCAGAUCAACGGAUUCCAAGUCUGCUGAGUUUGUCUACCACCUUCGUGGACCAACUCGCAGCGGCAGCAUUACAGAACAAAUCGUGGACGUGAACGGCAUCCGAAAAGUCGUCCUCCACGCCAAUUGCAGCAGUUCUUCUGAAGGCGAGGCUCGAACACCUUCUCAUACAACCGGCCCGCAUUAUUCAGCGCAUGAGUCUCAAUCCCAUGCCAAGAAACGUCGACGCAAAAAGAAGCAUGGCAAUCAUCACAAGUCAACAGGUGCUGAUGGCGCUGCAGAGGAUCGACCCCUUCUGCAGUAA